UCUGCGCAAUACAUUGUGGGAUACACUGUCAUGGCGGCGCCCAUACAACAGAAAUGACAUCUGACUUUAGAUAUUAUUUGCCUAAGUUGAUUUUUUCUUCACACCUCUGCUUUCAAAGUCUGUAUACUGAAUGAAUUCCGCGGUGGCUGUGUUGAGUGCACUUCCUCUUAUUUAAAAAUCUACAAUGAAGCGGAUAGCAGCCUUGAUUGGCAGGACUGCAGUGUCCUGUUGGCAUCAUGGGAGCCCACAUUUUCCCCCUCCGCCUGCCUGGGCCCCUGGACCUCCUUACACAUGUCUGCAGAUCCGACACCUGGCUGCAAAACAGAAUAAGGGCCAAUUCAAAGGUCAGAAGAUCAACUCCAAACCAGUGAAACUAGAGAAACAACAGAAGCAGGAGGUGGAGAUCAAACAGAGCAUGACUGUGUCAGAACUCGCCACGGCCAUGAAUAAAGACAUUGAUUGUGUCUAUGAGGCCCUGCUCAACACGGAUGUCGAUCUGGACGAGUUGGAGCCCGACACAGUGCUGGAGGAGAAAUGGAUAAAAGAAGCUGUAAAGAGAUCGGGAAUGAAACACAAAUGGGCCAAACUCGUAGAAACCAAAGUCAGAGAAAACAAAGAUAUCCAGAGACAACCUCUCCCAGAUCCCGCUCAGUUAGUUCCUCGAGCUCCAGUGGUGACCAUCAUGGGUCAUGUAGAUCAUGGGAAGACCACCCUGCUGGACAGUCUGAGGAAGAGUCAGAUCGCUGCGCAGGAGGCGGGGGGAAUCACGCAACACAUCGGAGCGUUUCGAGUUCAGCUGCCCUCAGGUGAGAAGAUCACUUUUCUGGACACACCUGGCCAUGCAGCGUUUUCUGGCAUGCGUGCUCGUGGAGCCAUGGUCACUGAUAUAGUCAUCCUGGUGGUUGCAGCUGAUGACGGUGUGAUGAAUCAGACUAUUGAGUCCAUACAGCAUGCCAAAAAAGCCAAAGUGCCGAUUAUCAUUGCUGUGAAUAAAUGUGAUAAACCUCAAGCCGACCCCCAACGCGUGAAAGAGGAGCUUGUAGGCCAUGAUGUUGUCUGUGAGGAGUUUGGUGGGGAAAUACAGGCCAAUCACGUGUCUGCAUUAAAGGCAGUUCCUGGUGAAAUCCCCUAA